AUGUCUCCGGAAUCUUCCAAUCGACCCGGAGCGUGCGAACGUUGUCACCGCCGAAAAGCACGGUGCGACAAAACCCGUCCGUCCUGCUCCUCUUGCAUCAAGGCCAACAAAGCAUGUGUUUACACCGCAAAGGAGGGAGCUGUCCGCCGACAGGAUCUAGAACGAGUCCAGCAGCGGGUUCGUCAGUUGGAAGCGAGGAACAAAGAUCUCGUCAAUCAACUCAGUCGAAGCCAGAACCAACCAUCUCCACAGACGCCUCCUGUAUACCUCAUACCUGAAUUGAACAAUUCUGAGACCAGCGACGAAGUGGUCAACCAGGUGUCGUAUUUGUCCUUGAGUGCAGGAGGCGACCGGCAGUUUCUGGGUUCAACGAGCGGUCUCCUCCUCGCCAACCUCUUACAGAAGAAUCUGCAAUCAUCCUUUCCCCCGGUCCCCAACGCUGAGGCACACGCUCAAGAGCAAAGGCCAGCGCUCAGUAAACGUGCCGCGCCGGCAUCCCAUGCCUCCUCCACUCGGCCACCCCAAGACGUGGCUCGGGGACUCUUGGUUGCAUAUUGCAACCAUGACCAUAUCUGCUAUCCCUUUCUCGAUCCCAAAGUAUUACAUGCUGCUCUCGACGCCAUAUACAGUGAAGAGUCGUCCUCAACCUACCAUCCCGUUGAGUCCUUCUUUGUCGACAUGAUUCUCGCCAUCGCCACGGCUCAAGUCUACAAGUUCGACUGGCUUGUUUUACCCGAUGCAGAAACUCACUACAACCGCGCCAUCACUUACCUGCCGGUGGUUCUUGGUGCUGGUGGGAUCUUGUCACUGCAGGCUAUCUUGCUCAUCGCCCAGUAUCGCAUGGGCAGCUCCCUUUAUGAUACGUCGGCGAGUUUGUGGCAUCUGAUUGGAGUCGCAGCACGAAUGUGCUUUGAACUCGGACUGCACAAAAAGUCGACCUAUGCCCUUUCUCAGAGCGGAAACAUGGCUGUUGAUCAAGCUCACAAAGAAAAGAUGGAAAUGAUGCGACGGUGCUUUUGGUGUGUGGUCGCCAUGGACCGCAUCGUCAGUUUCACCCUGGGACGGCCCCUCGCGAUCCAGCUCGACGACGUCGACGCUGAACUUCCGCCCGUCGAUGUGACUGAUGCCGCAGAUAUGGCAGAUCGUCCUUCAUCGGAAGACUCGAUGGAGGCUCCUCUGAGCGAUCAACGUAUUGCUCUGUUCAAUCACAUUGUCCGCUACCGCCUCAUUUGCGGCAAGAUUUUGAUCUCUCUCCACCGGGACAUGCGGCUCCCAGGCGUCACCUUCGAUUACUUCAAAGUUCGAGAAGAUUUGGCCCACGAGCUGAGGGCGUGGCAUUGUGAAACGAGUGCUUUGCCGUUCUUAGCUCUGGAUGCGAUGCUGGAUUCGCCCAAUCCCUCGAGCUUUCGAUCACGUGAAUGGUACGAUCUUCUCUAUCACAAUGGUAUCCUGAUGCUGUUUCGUCCGUCACCGACUCUCUCCGACGCCUUCAACAACAGUGUUACCCUACAGCACAUCUUUGAAUCUUCGCAGGCGGCUAUUAAUCUCUACGCCGAGCUCCACCGAACGCGCAAAAUCAACUAUUCUUGGGUCACUUUGCAUGCCGUAUUCAUGGCGGGUAUCUCGUACAUUUAUGCCCUCCGAUGUCACUUCCAGAAUAUCUGGCGCCCACCGCCUCCCACCAACUACCCUCGGGCAAAGUUACUCAGCAAUCCGACCAUCCAGAAGGUGGUCAACGACACCCGUGCCUGUUCCAAUGUCCUCGUCGCCGUCUCUGAACGCUGGAGCACGGCCCGAAGCUGUUCGCGCGUGUUUGACCGUCUGAGUGACGCCGUCCUCGCGGACAUUAUCGAGACACAGACUCGCAAGCCGGUGACCCCUGCGGUUGAGGCUGUUCACCCGCAGCGAAUGGGGAAUGUUUCCAUGAUGGAUUCGGCGAUCCCAAUUGACCUUUCCGCACCGGACAAUGAUCACACAUGGGCGUCGAAUUUCAAUCACAUGGCAGUCGACAGCACUCUGCAGGACUGCUUUGAUGACCUGCAAAGUUGGUGUAAUGACCAGUACGGCGGCGAUGCCAUUGCUCAACUUUCGCAAAACUGGCUCUUCGGCAUUCAGGAUCCUAGUAGCGCAGAUUUUUAA